AUGGCACCCUUGCAACCACUGGCCCACCUGAUCGACCCCCUAGUCAUCGCCACCCGCACUAUGGUCGACGAUGCACCCUCUCCUGUCUUCCGCCGGCAGGCUCCCGCGACCGUCACCGUCGUCUCCACGCAGGGCGGGAACCCGAAUCAGCAGUUAUCGGGUGGUGAGAUCGCCGGCAUCGUGAUCGGGUCCAUCGUCGGGUUCCUGCUCAUCAUCUGGCUGAUCCGAUGGUCGUGCGGCCAGCAGAGGGUUCCCGACGAGAAGCCGAGCUACUACCACCAGGAGGUGUCCCCGAGGAGGCACCGAAGCCGCAGCCAUCAUCAUCACCAUCAUCGUCACUCUAGGAGCAGAAGCCGCGGGCCAGACGUUAGGGUCGUCACGAGUCAUACCAGUGGGCAUCCGGGCGAGCCGGCCGAGCCGACGAGGGUGUACUACGAGAAGCGGAGGAGAAGUCACAGCCGGUACUGA